UGCCAAGUCACGUCAUCCUUCCACACUUUUAGGGAGGACUUCAUUAAAUUGGGCAGUUUUGAAAGAUUUUCCAUAAACAUCAACAUCUGAAGAUACCUUUAUAUCAAGAUGUUUUGGUUUAGACAUUUGCUCCUGCACUUCUGGUUUUUGGGAUGUCUUUACUCGGCAAUACAAGCUUGGCGCGUUGACAUGCCAACAAAUAUCAAAGGACUGUUGAAUUCCUGCCUCGCUAUCCCUUGUAGCUUUGACUACAAUGAGUAUCCACCUAAAAGAGCAGACAGAGUUGUUUGGUACCAGUAUGUGAGCAGGGGAUAUCCUUUGGUUUGUGACAAGUGGCACCCUAAAGAUGUAAUUGACAUAUUUAGAGAAAAAACCAAGGUACAUCCUUCCACUGAUAAAAAAUCAUGCACUCUAGAGAUUGAAGGUGUGAACUGGAAUCACGACAAACAAAAGCUUUAUCCUUGGGUGGAUCCAGAAAAUGUUGGGAAAAGCACACACAGAUUCUAUGAUAGAACUGUAACAAUUGAAGUUGUUGGACAGCCAGAGUCACCGCAGAUUAUGAUCUACGGUGAAAGAAAAGUUGGAAAGUCUGUAACGGUGCAAUGUUCUGCUAAACACACAUGCUCCAUCCAUCCACCAACUCUUAGCCUCAACAUCACAAUGAAAGACAAAGAAGUUACCAACACUCAGCUAUCUGAUUAUACUUCUCAAACUACGUUAAGAGGCACUUUAGUAUUAGAGAGAGACUUUCAAGUUAUUGAGUGCACUGCCCUGCACCAAGGUGGUAAAACAGCAAGAAUAUCUGAAACCCUAACUGCACAAUGCUCCAUUAAUCCACCGAACAUUAGCUCAGUGUCAACUGAAUAUUUUGAAGGAGUUCCAAGCAAGGUAACAUGUGAAGCUUCAUACACUUGCUCCAAAGAUGCACCAGUUCUCACAUGGAACUUCGCUAACAUGCCAGUUGACAAAGAUAUUAAAGAAUCUGGGAGUUUGCAGAAAACUGUUUCCACAUUGACAUUUACAGCAUCAGCUAAAGACAAUGGAAAGUCUCUGAUAUGUUAUGCAACAUUUCCUGGAGUGCCGACCCAGGAAAAGAGCAUGACCAUACGGGUAAAACGAAACAUGCUCAAUCUGGAUUGGUCUUUCACUACUCCAGGAAGCGUAACGGGAAUGAAAGGAUCAUGUGUCAUCAUUCCUUGCACGUUUUCGUACAGCAACGCCAAACCAGCUGGCCUGCAAGUUGCCUGGUACUUGUACCAAAGUAAUGGACGGGCAGACGUAUUCAACCAAAACCAAUCAAAUAUUUUAAGCAGAUAUAAAGGGAUAACACGUUUGACUGGCUCUGUGUCAGACAGCAAUUGUAGUCUUAAAAUAGACCGACUGGAUACGUCUCACAAUGAGGAUAAACUCUAUCCAUGGGUUGAUAUCAAGCCAAUUACCUCCUACCACUCACAGGGACACUCAUUUUUGGAUAAAAGCACCAAAAUCAUUGUUUCGGACUAUGCACAAGAACCCCAAAUGAGCAUCAUUGAUGUUCCUAGGGUGGGAGAUCAAAGCAGGGUUACCUGUAAAGUGCAACAUACAUGUUCUUCUGCUCCUCCUGUCCUGUCUAUGAAUGGCAUUCCUGGAACAAACCGCACCAUUGACUCCUUGUUGUCAGACGGCAUUUGGGAAAGAACAAUAGAACGAACUUGGAAAGUAGAAGAAGACCACAAGAAGGUGGAGUGCACUGUGAGAUAUCCUGGUGGACAAAGUGCCAAAAGUGAGCUCCUCCUGCAAGUUGAAUGUCCAUUUGAAACAAUCAAAAUGGUUGAACCUCCAGGAGAGCUGACAGAGGGAGUGGCAAAGAGUGUCAUUUGUUCUGUGUCCUACAAGUGCAAGAAAAAUACACCAACAAUUGAGUGGAACUUUUCAGACAUGCAGUAUUUACAAAAGAACAAAAUAUCCAGUAAUAUGUAUACCACUGAGUCCAAUCUUACGUUUAUUGGGUCCCUUGAAGACAAUGGAAAAUCUCUGACCUGCACUGCACGUUUUGUCGCUGGAGAAACCUCAAAAUCCUCACUGCUUCAGAUAAAAAAAUACGUGCCAGUUGAAGAAGAACUGAACGAGAAAGAUACUUUCCGUGUCCUGACUGCUGACGUCCCUGCCAGAUUCAGUGCCUUGACUCAGUCCUGUGUGGUCAUCCCCUGCAGUUUCCAGGACAACGAGGAUCAGCCCCUGACUCGUGGCAUCUGGUACAAAAAAACUGGGGGUAUGGUGUACCACAAUGCCCGCAGUAACGUUUUGGACCACUUCAAGGAUCGGACCAAAAUUCUGGGAAACCUGAAUGAAGGAGACUGCUCUUUGGAGGUUGAUGAUAUAAAACCCUUUGACAGCGGCCCUUUCUGUUUCUAUGGAGAGAAAGGAACAAACAAAUACAGAUUUAACAACAGCUGUGUUUUUAUUGUCAUGAAAGCUUCUCCAGAGACACCAGUGAUGAGCUCAGUUCCAGCUCAAGUGAAUGCUGGUUCAACUGUAAAUGUCUUCUGCUCUGUCAGUCACUCAUGUUCAUCACAUCCUCCAACGUUUUCAUGGAGUGUCCCUUCCAUCAACAACGACGUUUCAGACACUGAGAUAUCACGAGGUGUCUGGAAGACGACAUCCACCAUCACGUUUGUGGUUGCUGGAGGAGAUGGACUGAGAAACCUAAGCUGUACCGCCACCUUCUGGCGGGGAAAGAAUCAAACCAGGACUUUCAAAUUAAUUGUAGAGGGAACUAUGAAGUACCAGAUGCAGAAAUCUAUCCAUGUGGUUAUUCCUGUCGUCAUCUUAGUGCUGAUCCUCUUUGCUGUGCUUGGCAUAUUCUUCUACAGGAAAAGAAAGCACACUGACAAGAGGCCUCCGCCAAGACCAGAGAAAAGGAGAUCUAUUUGGGGUAGAUUAUCCAGGAGAUACCUUGAGGGAGAUAGAGAGAAACCUCCAAGGCCAGAAAAAAGGAGAUCAGUUUGGAGCAGGUUUUCUCGACUAUCAGAGGAAAGUCACGUUGGCUGGCAAAACACAAGAAGGUCUUUCUGGAAUAGAUUUUCAAGACGCCCAAACAACUCGACUGACCUCACAGUCAGUUAUUUAAGUGAUGCAGAAGUGGUCGUCUGCGAGAGAAAAGAAAACAAACAGCGUUAUCCGUCACCAAAGAAUAACCAAAGACGACCUGCCCCGCCCACACCAGAGGAUGUCAGUUUGUACGGCAACAUUUGAGUAAAAAGUCUGAGCAUCGAUUUGGAUGCUCUUUCUCUUCUUCUGCUGACAAGUUUCAAUUUAUAUUUCACAUUUAUAAUCAUGUUAUUCUCGCUUUGCUCUGCUUUUCAUUUCAAUGGCAAAUUUUUACUUUUCAUUUAAUGGAAGAAAUAAACAAUAAGGAAUCA